UGUAAAACUGCAUCCACAAACGUUUCCUACUCGGGCGUUCGGUUGUCUUUAGCAAACAUGUCUGACAAAUUCCUCUGUUAUAUCGGACAAGUAGAUUUAUUCACGCCCGUGGAUGCGCUGUUUUGAAAAGUAGCAAGUAAAAAGAGAGUAAAUGUCCAAGGACGUGCGGCGGCGGGGCGCGGGGCAGUACCGAUCCGGUCCCAGGUUGAGCCAAGGCGGGGACACCAGGGACAGGUCUGGGAGUAACAGCUCUGGGUCUUCUCAUGGAGGUGGCAGAAGCAAGAAUACAUCUAUUAAUGCUCUGAAGGCUUCCUUCACGCGCUCCAACAGUCAUGAUAAAGUGAGGAAGAUUGUUGCGGAGGAAGGACGUGCAGCUCGAAAUCUCAUCGCCUGGAAUGUUCCCCUGGAGACGAAGGAAGAGGAAGCCAAGUCCAAAAACAGCUCAAAGACCCAGAGAACCGGCUCUGGACAGCAGAGGAGCAGGAAGAAUGCAGGGGGUGACAGUAAGAGCGUCUCUGUCUUACUGGACAAAGGCGUGGAGAAGAGCCCGUCCAAGAGCAGACAGCCUCGAAAAGUGGACCUGCGCGCGAGAUACUGGGCCUUCCUCUUUGAGAACCUGAGGCGAGCUGUGGACGAGAUCUACGUCACCUGUGAAUCGGACCAGAGCGUGGUGGAGUGCAGGGAGGUGCUGAUGAUGUUGGACAACUAUGUUCGGGAUUUUAAAGCUCUGAUUGACUGGAUCCAGCUCCAGGAGAAGUUGGAGAACACAGACGCCCAAAACAGGCCCACGUCUUUGGCCUGGGAAGUACGAAAGAUGUCACCAGGGCGUCAUGUGAUGGCCAGUCCCUCAGCUGACAGAAUCGUCCCCUCUCCAGGCGCUCGGCGUGCUCUCAACUUUGGAGGUCCUCCCCCGUCACUGGCUGCAGCACGUCUCUCUCACACCGGUCCCAGCUGGGCGGACAGAGUCAAGUGUUCUCAGUCCCUCCCACACGGCAGCCAAACCACAGUCUCUCAGCCGGAGAAACCAGCCAAAAAGGACGCAGAGGGGUGGGAGACAGUGCACCGUGGACGACCAGCGAAGCCUCGCUCUGCCACGAUGAUCGCCAAAGUCAGUCCGGUCGUGGCUCAUGCCCCUCCCAAAGCCGACCAGACCAGGGCUAAACCGACCCACCCGCAACCACAGGAACCGGCCCUCCCCCAGCGCCAGAGCCCAGACCCCAAACCACCGGAGCAAGAUCUGCAGAAGGAGGAGGCCCCAAAGAGCGGUGAUGCUCUGGAGUCUCCAGCAGAGGGUGUACACGACACAGGGCAGCAUCUCUGCUCUGUUCCCCCGGAGGAAGCACCACCCCCUGACCCUGCACCCGCCCCCGACCCCGUCCCCGAACCCACCCCCGAUCCCGCCCCUCCCUCAGACCUACCCCCACCAGCCCCUGAGGACAGACCGCUGACCCCGGGGGGCAGUGGGACGAUAUGGGCCUCGUCUGCUCCAGGAAAGACCCAGACUUCCACAGCAGCGGUGAAACUGGAGAGUGCACUGGACCCCACAGAGCUUUCUACUCCUCAGUCCAUGGCAGAAGUUUUGGCAAAGAAAGAGGAAUUAGCCGACCGUUUAGAAAAAGCAAACGAAGAGGCCAUUGCCAGCGCCAUCGCGGAGGAGGAGCAGCUGACCAGAGAGAUCCAGGCUGAGAACAGUGAGCUGGAAACAGACAACGAAAAUGACUUUUCUAUGAGCAUAGGCAGUGGGGGCGGUGGAGCGAAUAUUGACUGGAGUGAAAUGUUGGCAGAUUAUGACGCUCGGGAAACAUGGCGUCAGAGCACUUCCUGGGGCGAUAUGGUGGAGGAGGAACCAGCUCGACCUCCGGGACACGGAAUCCACAUGCACGAAAAACUGUCCUCACCGUCACGUAAGAGAACCCUCGCAGAGUCUAAGAAGAAACAUGAGGAGAAACAGCUGAAGGCCCAACAGCUGAGGGACAAACUGAGAGAGGAAAAGACUCUUAAACUGCAGAAGCUCUUGGAGAGGGAGAAAGACGUGAGGAAAUGGAAAGAGGAGCUGCUGGAGCAACGUCGAAAAAUGAUGGAGGAAAAACUGCUCCACGCCGAACUGAAGAGGGAGGUGCAGCUGCAGGCGAUUGUGAAAAAGGCACAAGAAGAAGAAGCCAAGGUGAAUGAAAUCGCCUUCAUCAACACCCUGGAAGCCCAAAACAAGAGACAUGACGCUCUGGCCAAACUGAACGAGUACGAGCAGCGUCUGAACGAGCUCCAAGAUGAACGACAGAGGAGACAGGAGGAGAAACAGGCCCGAGACGAGGCUGUACAGGAGAGAAAGCGCGUCCUGGAGGCGGAGCGUCAGGCCAGGAUGGAGGAGCUGCUCACGAAGAGGAAGGAGCAGGAAGCACGGAUCGAACUACAGCGUCAGGAGAAGGAGAGAGCCAGAGAGGACGCAGCCAGAGAGAGAGCCAGGGAUCGUGAGGAGCGUCUGGCAGCUCUGAGUGCAGCACAACAGGAGGCCAUGGAGGAGCUGCAGAAGAAGAUUCAGAUGAAGCACGAUGAGAGCAGCAGGAGGCACAUGGAGCAGAUCGAGCAGAGGAAAGAGAAAGCUGCAGAGCUGAGCAGCGGGCGUCACGCAAACACAGACUACGCUCCCAAACUCACACCCUACGAACGCAAAAAGCACUGCUCCCUCUGCUCUGUGCUGAUCACAUCAGAGGUGCACCUGUUCAGCCACACCAAAGGAAAGCAGCACCAACAGGCCGUGAGGGACAGCAGCAGCAUCCAGGGCCGAGAGCUGUCGGACGAGGAAGUGGAGCACCUAUCAUUAAAAAAGUACAUUGUGGACAUAGUGACGGACAGCUCUGUGUCCUCCGAGAACACGAAGGACGCAGAGGAGCGGCAGAAAGCACGAAAGAAGGCCAAGAAACUGCGCGCUCGAAUGAACUCCAGGGCCAAGGAAUAUGAGACGUCACAGGAGGCGAAGGCACAGGUCCCCGAUUCGCCAUACAAGGCCAAAUUGCAGCGUUUGGUCCGAGACCUCCUGAAGCAGCUGCAUGGUCAGGACAGCGGUCAGUGGAGCAGCAGCCGAGUGUCCGCUCUAGACCGAACUCUGGGAGAAAUCUCACGCAUUUUAGAGAAAAAGAACAAUGCAGACCAAGUGGCGUUCCAGGUGGGCGGGGGUCUUCUGGCUCUGGAGCAGAUCUUACAGGUCAUCACUGCAGCGUCCACCCCCAACACAGCCACCCGAAUCCCUGUCAAGUCUCUGUGUGCUGCUGUGAACACGUAUUACCUGGCCUGUGCCUCGUGCCCACACACCUGCUCCUAUGUCCUCUUCAGCAACAAGAUCGCCCUCCUCCUGGACCUCCUCCUGCACCAGCUCACGCUCUACGUUCCAGAUGAGGAUAAAUCCAUCUUUGGACGAACUGCAAACAAACUGGUGUUUGAAGGUUUGACCACAGGUCUGCUGCAGACCAUCUCCUCCAUCCUCUCGUCCUUGUGGCCUCCUUUUAAUGAAGGUGGAGAGAGAAUUUCUUCCCCAGAUGUUAAGAAUAAGAACUCUGCUGCAGACUCCUUCAACUCUCGGACCCAAGACCUCAUCAGUUAUGUCGUCAACGUGGGUUUAAUCGACAAACUGUACGGCGUGUUUUUGUCCAUCCAAAGUCCCGUCGACGAUUGUCCCAAAAUGUCUUCAUUCCUUCGAGAAGCUUCUGCUCUGCUCCACAACAUCUGUAAACUCUGCUUUGUGGUCACUGGACGAGCCCCAAGUAUAUUUGAUAACAAGCGUCAGGACCCGAGCGGCCUGAGCAGCCUGCUGCAGAGCACAGACCUGGUGGGCGUGGUCCACACUCUUUACUCCAUCCUCCUCCACACGUUCCCCGAGUCCUCGUCUCACUGUCAGGAGCCGUACAGCUCUGGGGUCAUCCAGGUCGCUCUCAACGGCAUCCGCUUCCUCAACAGCUUUGCCCUGCUCGACCUGCCCGCCUUCCAAUCUGUUUUAGGAGCGGAGGGCUUGUCUCUCGCUUUCCGUCACGUGGUCAGCUCCCUGCUCUGGUUCUGCAGCCAGCACUCAUCCGAGGCUCUGCUGCACGACGUCAUCAUCUGUGUGGGCUACUUCACCGUCAAUCACCCGGACAACCAGGGGAUCGUUCAGUCCGGUCGACAGCCCAGUGUUCUGCAGAAGCUUUGCCAGCUGCCCUUCCAGUACUUCAGUCACCCGGGUCUGAUCCGCGUGCUCUUCCCCACUCUGAUCUCCGCCUGCUACAACAACCCCCAAAACAAGGUCAGCCUGCAGCACGAGAUGAGCUGCGUGCUGCUCGCUACUUUUAUACAGGACUGUGCUGCUAAUGAAAAAGAGCCCGACAACAAGACCAAGGCGGCGGUUCCUCCGAUGCCGGACUACGGAGAGCUGUCCAUCCGUUUUCCCAGAGACCAGUGGGAGUCUGCGCUCAAGUUCUUUCUGCAAAAGGAGCAAUCUUAAAGUCAAAAAGUGCCCUGUGUAACUUUUCUGGUGUACACUCCGCUCAGUCCUCGGAGAUUUUAUUGCUUUACCUGGAAUGUGCCAGAAUGCGGUAUAAGAAUAGUAAUAUUAAUCUAUUUACAUCAAACGAGCAGCUGACUCCACCAAGCGAAGUUACAACGCAGAUCUAUGGAGAGGUGAACACGCCCAGAGAAAGAACGCAUAUUUUUCAAGGUAUUUUAGAGCAAUAAAAACAACUUUACCUGAACAAACGCAAGACUGUUACGGUUAAUUCAGGGUUCUCACAGUCAUAGAAGUCCUGGAAAAGUCAUGGAAUUUUAGUAUCUAUUUCAUGCAACUACAGCGUUCUGUUAAAUUCUCAUUAGGAUAUUAUGAUUAUUUCCGAACGUCUGCAUUUUUUGUUUAAAAGAGACGACAAUAAAUGCACUGACAGGAUUUUGAAUGUUAAAAAACUAUUACCAAACCAUAAGGUGAGUGGAAACGGUUAAAGGGACAGUUCGGAAUUUUGGACAUAGGACCUCAUUUCCUCGUGAGCCAAAGUGUUGGAGACGUGUGGAGACACUUUUUUAAAUAUUCCAUCCAGUCCUUGUAUUUUCAGAGGUCGCUGGUGCUAGACUAGUGCAUGUCAAUGGCCGUAGUUAUCCUGCCACUAAAAACAGUCUUACCCAC